AGCCUGCCUAGUUUCAUAAUUGGGAAAGAUUAUUGAGUUUUUAAUAUCCUUGAGUUAUAAGCAUGUACCGAAGACGCAGCUGCGCGAACCGAAGAACUUAAUCUCUCCUGCCGCCAGUUUUCCGGUAAAGUCCCGCCCAUUUCCAGUACAAUAUUAGUGACGACACGCACAGCAAAACUCCGCACGCACACAGACUGCCGCCUCAUAAGUCAGGGGGAAGGCGAUGGUAGACACUCCGGGAGACUUUAACCUCUCGGGGAUGUUGCCGCCGGACUUGUCCGGGGCGUCCCAAGCCUUUCAAACCGCAUGGAUAGUAUCCAUCCUCAUCGCUAGCGUCCUUUCCAACCUGACUGUUCUAGCCGUGGUGAUGUGUAUUGAGGACCUACGGCAGCCGACCAACUACCUUCUGUGCGCCCUGUCAGGCGGGCAGAUGCUACAGGUGUUGGUCAUGGCACCCCAGGCGGCGGUACUGCUCACGGUGGCGGGGGCACACAUGACUGAGGCGGCAUGUGUCGUACAGGGCAUCCUGUUCAUGGUCUCCAUCACCUUCACGCCGUGCAUUCUGGGAAUCCUGUCGUUCGACCGUUAUCACUACAUCGUCCACCCCACCGAGUAUCGCAACCGCUUCACCGGGCGGAGCGUCCCCACAGCCAUAGCGUGCACCCUCCUGUUCACCUUGACCAUGGCGGUGGUGGGGCUCUUCCAGGGGAACUCCUACCGCCUGAACGCCGGCCUGCUGGUCUGUACCAACAGCGCUGCGGUGUCUGACGUCGCCUUUAUCGUCUGCAUCCUUCCCGCCAUCGGUCUCAUCACCUACUCCUACGUCUUCAUCUUCAAGGAAGCUCGCUCCCACUCGCGCAAGAUCCUCCCCAGCGUCUGCUACGACGCUCGGCUGAAGGACUUCAAGGCGAAGAUCAAGACGGCCAAGACGGUGAUGCUCGCCAUCGUGAUCUUCUUCCUGACGUGGGUGUCCAUGGUGCUGGCCUAUGUGGUGUCGUCCUCCCGAGUUGAGCCGGGGCCCGGCGACAUGCUGGUCCUGAGGAUGACAAGUCUCAUCUUCCUCCUCUCCGCCUUCCCAAACCCCAUCCUGUACGCCUGCAGAAACAGGUUCUUCAGGGACGCUGUCAAGCGUCUGUUCAGGAGAACAGCCAAUGCUGUCAAAGACAUGGUCUAAUAUUUUAGGGGGGAGGGGUGCAUAUAUUGUCCCAGUGCCCUGGAUGUAGGGUUUAACCCCAGGGAUUAUGCAGAAGCAUUAAAGUUGUUGUUGUAUCUUCAUUGCGUUUCUUAAUCUAUUCAGUUGCCGGGAUAGUCUAAAACAUCCCCAUAUUCGACAACAAUGUUUUCGAUUGUUAUGUCUAUUUUCUGAUGAUAUAUCUAUUGAUAAUAAAUAUUGAGGUAUGUUUCUUGUAAUGCAACGGUCGGGAUCAGGAAUGGCUGUAUACACCCUGAUGACGUCUUCGAUAGGCAUGUUGAAAGAAAGAGAAGUGAAGAUCUCAACAUGACACUGCGUGUUUUACAUAUUUCGGUUGUGUUGUAACGUUUUGUGCAUAUAGUCUGUUCCUUCACCUCGUGUUCAGUUCGGUAAGAUAAUGUGUGCAGUACGUCGUCGUGUAGGUACAGGAAAGUCCACGUGUUAGCUCUAUUUAUUUGCUGUUGUAUCUUUAAAGUAAGUUAAUGAUAGACAAUGUUGAUUUACUGAUAUUUGACAGUGUAAUAUUUUGCGCAUCUAGUCUUUCGUUGCACAUUCAUGUAUGCUGUGUAGGAGAUUUGACACCGACUUCUUCAUCACAAAAAAGGCACAAGUUAGAACAAUCACGUUUCUUUUCGUGAUAUUUCGACAUAUAUAAAAUGGGAGUUUGCAUGUGCUCAUCCCAGGUGCCUUUCCACGCCCAUGGCGACAAGAUUAUUGGUCUUGAGUUGUUUAGGUUUGACGUCAGUGCAAUUGUCAACCAUUGUACUCACGGGUUUUCUUUGUUGCAAGAUACAGAACAGCACCAACAAUAUUCUUAUAUUCAAGUUACUGUUGAUUAUUAAGUUCUUUUUCAGUAGCUUUCGCUGGUAAGAUUUUCGCUUCACUCAUUUCUGUCAUGCCAGGUCUAAGGUAAACUUUAACUGAAAUCCAAAGCUGACGAUAGGGUAGCGAAUACUCCUGGCGAAGGUAGUUGUCAUUAGGAAGUGAAAUGUACUAAAGUUUCUAGAUUGUAACGUUACCACCCACGGUUUCCUGUUCCAAGUAGCAUCGCAUUCACGUCAUACGGUUGUACUUAAGAUACAUCUACGUCACAACGCACGCGAUCAAUUUUUCAUCCUGGCUAUGACAGCCAUAACAAUGUUCGGCAGAAAAUAAAGGACCGGAAUACAAAAUCAAACGCCAGUAGGAAAUGCCAACAACAUCCUUUUCAACGUGUAAUAGUAUUAAAGUUGACAUUGGUACUUCGCGAAUCAGCUUAAAGUGAAUAAGAACAGGGAAGAAACAGUAUGAAAUCUAUACUACAUUUUAU